AUGUGGGGAGAAGAUAGGAGAGUCUCUGCCGAGGACAACCGGGAACUCACACAACCUUUCUCCUACCAGGAGCUAGGGACCCGUUUCGAGGUGCAGAACGGGAAGGCCACACGCUUCUGGUCGAACAUUUGGUGCGAGGGUAGGCGACUUCAGGAGAGCUUCCCUGAUUUAUUUGCUAUCGCCAAAAAUCAGAACGAGUGGGUUUCAGACGUAUGGCAACAAAAUAGGUGGGCACCUAGGUUCCGCAGACCUCUAGGUGAGGUUGAGCUGUGGAAGUUAUUUACAAGACCUCAGGACAGAGAAGGCGUGGAGGAGCUCGUAACAAGGAUACAGGCAAAGUGCACUGAUCUCCGACGAGCUUCAUGGAGAGAGCAUCCGUUGGGCGCCGCCCUCUACUACCCAGAUAGGAGUCCGUAUGUUGGCCGUACUUCGGCGCUGCGCCGCCCGUUUGCCUAUGGCAAUGACAUGCGCCGAGCAAACCCUAGCUCUGGCGGCGAUGGAGGCGGCGGGGACUCGAUGUAUUUGCGGAGAGUCGCCGAGCCCGAGGAGGCGCUCUGCGUGCUAGAUCGCCGUUCCAAGGAGGGGAGAAAGAAGCCACCUCCAGGUGAGAUGUUUAAACUAGUGCUAAUUCGACUGCAGACUAUCGUAUUUGACUGA